AUGCCAAUCCCGGCAUUCCAUCAUGUUCGCUCUCCAGUCAACCACGAAGCCUGGGCAGCAGAACCAGAACAUGUCUGGAGACCGAGUUACCCUGAUCUUCCCACAUGGGGCUCGCAACAGUUUUCGUUGCCUUACCACGGUGGUCCAGCCUGCGAGCAGAUGUCACUGCAACCGGUUCAGCAAUACGUCCCUCACUCUGGCCCCUCAGUAGCCCCGGCAUACAUUCCCUACCACGCGCCAGCUCCCUUUACUACUGCCAGGGUUGCUAACCCAGGGCCCUUGAAGAAGGAACUGCCUAGUGACGCUGGGCACAGUGAUAAGGAAAGCGACUCAGAAUCCGAAGACUCUGAGAGCGAUGAUGAAGCCUCGUUGCACGGUUCGUCAUACUCGUCCUCCCGGCGGUCUGGAGCGAAUGCCAACGUCAUGAAGCUCGGAAAAUGGGGCGAGAAUCCUGCUUCGUAUCCCCUUCACCACACGCUUGAUACGACAAGGAUCAUCCUGGAGUCCCAUGCCCUAAAAGAUUCCAACGACCGGAACACCUUCGACGCCACGUCAGGACUGUCCAUGGCAAUGACAGGUGCCAUUUCUGCAAAGGGCGACAACCUUCGCGAUCACUACUGGACGCACGUGAACCGUGGAGGCAGAGCAGGGAAGAACAACAAGAUGAGCAUUCCCGAGUUGAAGGCAAUUCUCGGUCCCAAGGAGCGGCCGCUCAUCAGACGUCUCAAGAUGAAACUGAACCUGCUGAAGGAAAGGAACAUGAGAGCGAAGCUUUGA